ACAGUGCAACACAAGACGCACAAGUCCGGAUCUGGGGUUCCGAGUUUGGGCAACACAGACCAAGAUGGGCAAGGGUGUGGAUGUCAAGCGUUUUAAGAACCAGGAGCCACUCUUUCUGCAGACGGCGGCCUUGGGCAAACCUGUCGAUGCGGCGGGCGACGAGGCCAUGGGAGGAGUGUGUGGAAGAGGAGCUGGAUGGCGGGAGCCGGCAAACGGGUCAGCCGAAACGAGGAAUGGCCCCCGUGAGAAGGAUGGCUGCGAUGAGGGAGGCGAUGACCGAGGGGGAGGCGUCAAGGCUGGCCUUGCAAGGGCCGGACUUUCCCUUGGUUUGGUCCGCUGGUAUGGAUGCCAGAGUGGACGCAGGACCGUCUUGCUGGGCGGGCUGUGCCGCGGCCAGAGUUUGGACCUGGAUACAGCAAAAGAAAAGUCGGGGCUUGCACUGCCCAGCUGGGGUCGGAGUGAGCAAGCUCUCGGCAGACGACAGCAGCACCACCCGGGGAUGCGACACCCGACAAACAGCCCCCCUAGAAAGGUUCCAAGGAGGCCGAGCUGGGUGCUGGGCAGGGUUGAUGAAAGGGGAAGAAGCGUCACACCACCAGCGCCUGACGAUCCCACGGUCCGCUGGUAUGGAUGCCAGAGUGGACGCAGGACCGUCUUGCUGGGCGGGCUGUGCCGCGGCCAGAGUUUGGACCUGGAUACAGCAAAAGAAAAGUCGGGGCUUGCACUGCCCAGCUGGGGUCGGAGUGAGCAAGCUCUCGGCAGACGACAGCAGCACCACCCGGGGAUGCGACACCCGACAAACAGCCCCCCUAGAAAGGUUCCAAGGAGGCCGAGCUGGGUGCUGGGCAGGGUUGAUGAAAGGGGAAGAAGCGUCACACCACCAGCGCCUGACGAUCCCACGGUCCGUCCCAGGCAGGCGGACAACGUUGCAGCGCUCUGCCAGUGCUCGCCUUGUCUUCUCCUUAGGCUGACUCUCCAGGGCCGGACAGACCCCCGACGGGCAAGUGCCUGGGGAAGGGCUGGGCUGGGCCAAUCAGAGCAGGUGCAAAUGUAA